UCAAUGCACAUGGAAGUGUUGUCCACAAGGUGCACAUUUUUUUAUUAUUAGGUACCGAGGUGGAAUUACAACACACCUAACCUGAAAGGAAACUACAUGUGAAUAUUGAGAGUGAUCAGGUGACUAUUUUGGUACGUAUUUCAGGCUUUCACUAGAUAUUUGCCAGAAGGGUGAUAUACAUUUACUUAGUCAAAUAAUUUAUAGUUAUGUUUCAAUAAAGCAAUUGCUAGGUUAGAAAUUUGUGAUAUAUCUUCAAACGAAACCCGCUACAAAAUAACCCCGGUCGGUUAGAAUGCGGCCAGUAACGGCGACAGUAGUGAUCUUUGGGCCGCUACAUAGACGACUCCAAUAGUGGCUACAGUGUUGCGUUUGGAGGGGUCACUGGCGAUUACUUCCGGGUGAUGUUUUUGUUGCAACGGAGUCGCAGCAGCUACGACUUGAACGACGGAGUCUUCUUAGAAUGAAUAUUUAGCUAAACCCAUUAGCCAGACUCAAAAACAUAUUCAGCGGUUUCAAGUGUAAUAUUCUCAGGCAUUUUCCUCGAACUUUGCGCCCUGGAGAGGGUGCCACCGCAAGCCCAAAAUGCAUGUCGCUGGACUUCCUACCCGAGUGCGCUGCUAGCUAGCUAACAGUAGCAGGCUAGCUAACGACAAUCAUUUCUACAGUAACGUACAUGUAGCGAGACGGAUUUCACGUCUUUUCUAAACCAACUGACCAUUGUUAACUUAUUAUCGCCACUCAAGCUUGCUGUUUGAUAUUGUACUUAUGUUGGCUUAUCGUAUUCGUUUACGUUAGUAUUGUGAUGAACACGGGGGCCCAACUUAGCUGGUUAGCAUCUAGGCUAACUAGCUAACUUAUCUUGCUUAUACCAGAGGGGUCUGUCAAAUUCAAUUAGCUUGCCCAGCUCUCGGCCUCGUAAAUUGCUUUUUAAACCAUUUCUCGAUUUGAGUUACUAGCUAACUGUCCGAUAUUGAAUCCUUAUUGCCAGUUGUGUUAGUCUACCUCAUCCUCUUUCCCCUUUCUCCUGCCGCCUCCCUGAAACUGGCGGUCCACCAUAGCAUCUUGCCAAACAGGCUGUUCAGGUGCAUCAGGCACUCGCUCAUCGUAGCUUUGACAAUCCGCACAGCAAGUGCUGCCGACUGCGGUCACCAACUACGGACGAAAGUAGCCCAAACCAAUGUUAAGCCAUCUUACACGGAGUUAACUAAAUCUAGGGUCCCCGAAAGUCGGUGCCCUGCCUUCCAAUUUCGCGCCAAGAAGAGUAGUAUUGUUGUGGAAGGUGAGCCCCAUCAGCACCGGGCGUCCAAGCUCGCGAUGCCCCCUCCUACGGUCAGCAGUAAAGCUCGGGUCUACACCGAUGUCAACACGCAGAAGACCAGGGACUACUGGGACUACGAUGCACACGUGCCAAGCUGGAGUAAUCAGGACAACUACCAGUUGGUGCGUAAGCUUGGCCGAGGGAAAUACAGCGAGGUGUUUGAAGCCGUCAACGUCAGCAACAAUGAGAAAGUGGUGGUUAAAAUCCUCAAGCCUGUCAAGAAGAAGAAGAUCAAGCGAGAGAUUAAAAUCCUAGAGAACCUGCGUGGUGGAACCAACAUCAUCCGCCUGGUGGACACAGUGAAGGAUCCUGUGUCUAGAACGCCGGCACUUGUCUUUGAGUGCAUCAAUAACACAGAUUUUAAGGAGCUUUACCAGAAGUUAACAGACUUUGAUAUUCGUUUCUAUGUGUACGAGCUUCUCAAGGCUCUGGACUACUGCCAUAGCAUGGGGAUCAUGCACAGGGAUGUCAAACCACACAACGUCAUGAUCGACCACCAGAUGAGAAAGCUGCGUCUCAUAGACUGGGGUCUGGCUGAGUUCUACCACCCAGCUCAGGAAUACAACGUCAGGGUGGCCUCCCGUUAUUUUAAAGGACCAGAGCUGCUCGUGGACUAUCAGCUUUAUGACUACAGUCUGGACAUGUGGAGUCUAGGCUGCAUGUUGGCCAGCAUGAUCUUCCUCAAAGAGCCAUUCUUCCAUGGCCAGGACAACUACGAUCAGCUGGUCCGCAUCGCUAAGGUUCUUGGGACAGAUGAGCUGUUUGGCUACCUACACAAGUACCACAUUGAAUUGGACACACGUUUCAAAGACCUGCUGGGACAGCAGACGAGGAAGCGCUGGGAGCAGUUUGUCCAGACAGAGAACCAGCACCUGGUGACCCCUGAGUCCCUGGACCUGCUGGACAAGCUGCUACGUUACGACCACCAGCAGAGACUGACCGCUGCUGAGGCCAUGCAGCAUCCAUACUUCUAUCCAGUGCUGAAUGAACAGACCAUCUCCAACACACACACCAAGGCAAUAAGUGGAUCCAAUGCAACAUGAUGGACAGAGAGGAGGAAAACCUUUGUUACCUCAACUUGUGACCCUUUCGUGGUAGAAACGAUCUGCCUCCAAGUCUACAGCCAUACUGGAGCAAGACGCCAACUUGCAACACACACAACACUCUUGGAUAAAACCUAAAUCUGUCACAACGUGGGUACUAGCGUUGCUUGGCCCCAGUCACACACAACGUAUUGGAUCCAAGCUAUGAGGUGUGAUAUUGCCUCCUAGAACUGCCCCCCCUGAAAUCCCUGCCCGCUCCCCACCCCACCCACCUCAACUCCCCUGUUUUCAAAUAAGCUGAUGUCAGAUGUGAUACAGAGACUGACUCCAGGUCAGUUUGGCACUGGUGUUGUGCUGUGAGAUGUGUGUUGGUCAGUAUGGAGCUGCACUGGCCUGGGGUCAGAGCUAUAAUAGCACUGAGUGGCAUGGAGGCUCUUUUCUGCUAUGGAUAGAACAAAUACUAUAUUAAAGAGAAUAAACCAUUUUUAUUUAAAUGUUUUUGUGCCUGUUUUUAUUAUUUUUAUUAUAUAUAUUGAUUUCUGAUUGAUCAGUAGAAACCUAAAUACUUACAGAGCAUUCGGAAAGUAUUCCAGACCCCUUGACUUUUUCCACAUUUUGUUACGUUAAAGCCUUAUUCUAAAAUAGAUUUCCCCCUCAAUCUACACACAAUACCCCAUAAUUACAAAGCAAAGACUUAUUUAAAAAAAAAAAGAAAAAAAAAAGAAGUAUUACAAAGAAAAAAAUUACAUAUUACAUUUACAUAAGUAUUCAGACUUUUUACUCAGUACUUUGUUGAAGCACCUUUGGCAGCGAUUACAGCCUCGUCUUCUUGGGUAUGACGCUACAAGCUUGGUACACCUGUAUUUGGGGAGUUUCCCAUUCUUCUCUGCAGAUCCUCUCAAGCUCUGUCAGAUUGGAUGGGGAGCAUCGCUGCACAGCUGCUUUCAGGUCUCUCCAGAGAUGUUCGACCGGGUUCAAGUCCGGGCUCUGGCAGGGCCACUCAAGGACAUUCAGAGACUUGUCCAGAAGCCACUCCUGCGUUGUCUUGGCUGUGUGCUUAGGGUCGUUGUCCUGUUGGAUGGUGAACCUUUGCCCCAGUCUGAGGUCCUGAGCGCUCUGGAGCAGGUUUUCAUCAAGGAUCUCUCUGUACUUUGCUCUGUUUAUCUUUGCCUCGAUCCUGACUAGUCUCCCAGUCCCUGCCGCUGAAGAACAUCCCCACAGCAUGAUGCUGCCACCACCAUGCUUCACCGUAGGGAUGGUACCUGCUUUUUUCAAGACAUGAGGCUUGGCAUUCAGGCAAAAGAGUUCAAUCUUACCAGAGAACCUUGUAUCUCAUGGUCUGAGAGUCUUUGGGUGCCUUUUGGCAAACUCCAAGUGCACUGUCGUGUGCCUUUUACUGAAGUCUGGCCACUCUAUCAUAAAGGCCUGAUUGGUGGAGUGCUGCAGAGAUGGGAGAACCUUCCAGAAGGACAACCAUCUCCACAGAUGAAAUCUAGAGCUCUGUCAGUGACCAUCGGGUUCUUGGUCACCUUCCUGACCAAGGCCCUUCUCCCCCGAUUGCUCAGUUUGGCAGGGCGGCCAGCUCUAGGAAGAGUCUUGGUGGUUCCAAACCUCUUCCAUUUAAGAAUGAUGGAGGCCACUGUGUUCUUGGGGACCUUCAAUGCUGCAUAAUUGUUUUUGGUACCUUUCCCCAGAUCUGUGCCUCGAUACUAUCCUGUCUCUGAGCUUUAUGGACAAUUCCUUUGACCUCAUGGCUUGGUUUUUGCUCUAACAUGCACUGUCAACUGUGGGACAUUAUAUAGACAGGUGUGUGCCUUUAAUGUCCAAUCAAUAGAAUUUACAUCUCAAGGAUGAUCAUGAGCUCAAUUUUGAGUCUCAUUGCAAAGAGUCUGAAUACUUAGGUAAAUAAGGUAAUUCUGUUUUUAUUUUAAAUAAAUUAAUGAAAAUGUCACUGUUUUUGCUUUGUCAUUAUGGGUUAUUGUCUGUAGAUUGAGGAUUUUCUUUCUUUAUUUAAUCAAUUUUAGAAUAAGGCUAACGUAAUAAAAUGUGGGGGGAAAUCAAGGGGCUGAAUACUUUCCGAAUGCACUCUACCUCAGUCAUAAUAUGAACACUUCUCAGAUCAGUAUCUAAUAGAUUCCAAAAUGUAAAUUAUAGAAAGUUAUAGACGACUUCAGUUUUUAAUGUGUUGUUUUAAUAAAUAAUCUGUGAAUUCCAGAUUAUUUCCAGAACAUAAAAUGUGCAACAUUCAUGCAAUACAAAUGACAAAAGAGUGAUGAUUAAAAUGCAGUCUACAGAAGUCUAACUUCAGCAGGGCUGCGUUCAGCAGGUUGUAAUACACUGAAGACUGCAGAUAGAAAUGCUAUGAAUAGAGCUGACACAAUUCCACAACGUAGUGCCCUACUGAACGCAGCCCAGGUGAGUUCUAAUCGAAACCCAUCUAAGGCACGCCCACAACACCACCUUUCUCCUCUACAGCCAAUCAUGCAUGUGCCUUGUCAAACCCAGGAUAUUAGGAAGCUGCUGUGAUUGGUCAGUUUUGGCUGCCUGACAGUAUGAAUUAAGGUUGCCAUGGUAGCGUAUCAGAGUGGCCUGUCGUUUUAUUUAAGGGUGUGUUCCUCUGGCCAGAUGUUGCUGAUCUUACAACACCUGGGUAGGUGUUUAACCAAUCAGCCAACCACAUCAUGUUAUAGCAGUCUGGUGCCCGACGGCACAGUCAAUGAAGUGGCACGCAACCAUUGGUUGAGUCAAGCAAUGUCUGAGCAGGGGAACCUGGCAUAGAAGGCAAAGGAUCCCACGUGAGGUGGAGGCAAGGGAAGCUCAGGCCUUCAGCUCAGUCACAUCACAUUAAUACAGUAGCGCUGAUAUCAAGGGAGGUUGAAGCCCACCAAGGGAGCUUGAAGCUCACCAAGGGAGCUCUCGCUCAACACAACAAAAUAACAAUCAUAACUGGGUCUGAUUUAACCACACAAUAAGAUACCUGUGUUGUAAAAUAGUGGUAAAAAUUAAUCCCAGGGAAGAUUUAUUUUAAUAGUGAACAUCCAGACCAGUCAGAAUGAGUCUUGGCAGUCAAUAGUUAGUCUUCUAUACCUGGUUUCUGGAAAAUAAUUCCUUGGUGUUCUUUACCUGGGUUCUGGAAUAGAACUGAGUGCUCCUUGGUGUUCUUUACCUGGGUUCUUGAAUAGAACUGAGUGCUCCUUGGUGAUCUUUACCCGGGUUCUGGAAUAGAACUGAGUGCUCCUUGGUGUUCUUUACCUGGGUUCUUGAAUAGAACUGAGUGCUCCUUGGUGAUCUUUACCCGGGUUCUGGAAUAGAACUGAGUGCUCCUUGGUGUUCUUUACCCGGGUUCUGGAAUAGAACUGAGUGCUCCUUCGUGAUCUUUUUAGCAAAGCUAAAGGCUUAAAACAAUCAGCUCCACAAAAAGGAGAUACAAAACUAAUACCAUAGACAUUCAUUGUUUUUGUCCUGAAAAUAAAAACAGACAAAUGAAAUAACUUACAAAUCCAUGACAUGACCCUGUGGUUGUUUCCAGAGGUAUAAGAAGCAGAAGCACAGUCUUCCAGACAUGGGCUGCAGUGGUAUAAUGUAGGCUUUUUUUGAUUUACAUUUGGUUGAGUUGUCAACUAACAUGAAUCCAAUGUGAAAUGAACUAAAAAAUGUCACGAUGACAUUGGAUUUAGGUUAAAAGAUGGGUGUAAAAUAGACCAAAUUCCCAUACGUUGAUAACUUUCUAAUCCAAUCAGUUUUCCCACAUUGAUUCAAUUUCAUCACAGAUACAUUUCUUUGGUUGAAAUGAUGUAACAAUGUUGAUUCAAGCAGUUUUUGCCCAGUGGGUAUUUAUAUGAUACAGCCAGACAGGGUUAGGGAUCCAUUCCAUUUCAAUUCCAGUCAAUAGAGAAAGUAAACCAAAAUUCCAAAUGUUACUUAUUGAAGAGAAUUGGAAUGUCAGUGUACUUCCUGAAUUGGAAUGGAAUUGAGCCCAACCUUGUAGCCAGGUUAGCUAGUGGUUACAGCAGGGAACAUCCACUAGAUUCAGCCACAGGACCAUGUUUAUAUUCUUCAGCAGAUGUUCAGGGGUUCGGAAAAACAUAAUUAGAAAUUAUUUAUAGACUGCAAAUUUGACCACAAGAAGCCACAACAGAUAUAUUUGACUAAAACAUUAAAAUCAUUUCAAACCUUACAUUUGUAUACGAUCACAUAUAUAUCUCUGUUAUGUGUGAGAAUACUUUGGAACAGAUUUCCAAAAUUAAAAUCACUUGCAGCUGAUUUGCUGGUGGGUUUACAGUAUAUUAUGUCCAACAAUAUGUAAAGAAAAACUGUUUGGGGGGGGGGGGGG